AUGCAUCUCAAUCGAUUCACGGCCGUUUUGUUUCCUUUCAUUCAUCAUAAGCUCUGGAAACCCGUUCACUUUCGCCUAGCCGCCAUCAGCAUUUUCCUCAUCGGUUUCGCGUUCAACUUCGAGAACUUUUUCGUCACCGGCUAUUAUGCGAUUUCAGCAGCUGGUGUAGCAGUGAAUCCAAUUAAUCGUUCCCUACAAGUUCCAAUCUCAUUUUGGGCCGAGAAGACAAUGGGACAUGUCUAUCCAACAGUUUCUGUGCUCAUAAAUGUUACUAUUUUGACGAAAUUGCUCCACAUGAGAGCUUCAGGGAAAAAUUUUUCCGGGCAAAAGUCAAUUGAAAUCAAUCUCUUGAUGAUCUGUUUAGCAAGCCUAUUCUGCCAAUUGGCUUUGAUGUGCUUUGUGGAUUUCGCCCCAUCUUUAUUCAAUCAAGAGAUUUGGUUUCUAACGCUAAACUUUGUCUCUGAUUUCUCUACUCUAAGCGAGGCGUGGAUCGGCUUGACUGUAAAUGGAGUCUUGCGGAAGAGAUUCAUUCAAUGGCUUCGCCCAAGUUUCUCAUCGUCUCCAAUCAUUUUCGCCGAAGUUUCAUCAAAUUUUCUUCUUCGAGAGCAAAUUCCUCGACGAUUAAAGCCCAUCAAUACAACU